AUGAGGCAGAGAGACUUGCUGGAAUUUAGAACACCCCAACACCCAUCAUCAUUGGGGUUGGCCGCAAACAACUGGGGUGGUGCUUCUCCCUUGUUAGCAAGAAACAUACCAAAAGAGUCACUUGAACAGAAGUAUCUGAGGCUCAACACAAUUCGAACACGCGACGAGAUCUUCCCAGCUGAUGAUGAGUUCAACAACCUGCCUAAGUCUCCUGCAUCUAAACAACAAUGUCCUCCAACGCCGAGCGGGAGCAGAAAACAAUUUAUCUUGAAGCUUUUGUUCACACCAAAGAGGAAGACUGCUGCUGCUACUACUACUACUACACUGGGUUCAAAUUCAAAGAAGUCAUGGUUCCCAAGAUUGGAUCCUCAAAAAAGGUGGCCUCAAGCCCAGCUGAUCAAGCAAAUUACAGAGGCUGCUAAAGAAUUUGGACUUUUCCAGCUGAUUAAUCAUGGGGUUCCAGACAAUUUGCUGCAAAUAGAGGUGUUUGGAAGUUACUCUGUGGAGGUGAGGAAGUUGAGUUUGUGUCUUCUGGAUCUUAUCUGUGAAGGGUUAGGCCUCAAAUCUAGAUUUUUUGAGGACCCAAGCUUAACCUUGGGAUUGCCCAAACACAGUGAUGUGAACCUCAUAACUCUUCUUCUCCAAGAACAAGUUCGUGGGCUUCAAGUCUUGAAAGAUGAGCAAUGGCUUGCUGUUGAGCCUGUCCCCAAUGCAUUUGUGGUUAAUAUAGGUCACAUGUUACAGAUUAUCAGCAAUGGGAAACUGAGCAGUGCAGACCACAGAGUUGUGACAAACAACAAGGUUUCAAGGACCACAGUCACCAGCUUCAUCCAUCCUUCUAGCACCUGCCAUAUUGAGCCUGCAAAAGCCCUAGUUAUGGACUUCAAUCCACUCUACAAAGCUUUUAUAUACAAAGAUUUUGUUAGUACCUAUAUAACAGAUACUCAAGAGAGAGUAUCGCCACUUGAGCGAUAUAAGUUCCAAAUUUAA